AUGGAUACGCCGGCCCAGCGGUGCGCGAAAUGCCCGCGCCGUGUUGAAGACUUCGGAAUGCAGCUGGAAGGGGCCAUGAUACUUGGGCGGAACGGUGCGCGGGCCGCGUGCGAAGAGCUACGUGGUGAGGCAAAUAUUCAACGCUGCCAAGAUCAGGUGGUGAAGGCGAUGAAGAUUGGGGUGGAGAUCGUCCAGCGCAUGUUCCCCCGCGAGAUCAACCGCACUCGUUCUGGCAGCCCCGCUCUGAGGACAUGGAGUUGUGUCCAAUGCGAACAGUCGCUGGACUUGCUCAAAGACCUCUUCGGUCGUCACCUACUGGCCUUCAACACCAUUAUUCCGGAAUGGCUGUGCCAGAAAGGCGACAUCACCGUACGUCAAAAGACGUCUGUGAUGCGGACUUACGAUGCGUAUGGUGAAGGGCCACCGGAUCUGCUCGCUUCCUCUGCUCGCCCUCAACGGCCUGAUCGCCCUCGUCAACACCAAAAUCCUAGC